AUGGCUCGCCACGCCGCCGCGUCGGAUGCAUCGUCAAGAAGCUCAGCGGGGCUGCCUCGCUUCCGGAGGAGGACCUGGAGGCCGCCAAUAACGAGCUCCCGCUCUCGCAGUCCGCGCCUCCGUCGCCGACCCAGCUGCGCAACGCAGUCGAGUCGCUCGCCCUUCAUAUCAAGGGCACUCGGCCGCCCAAGCUGGUGGUCAGGACGGUACGCGGGCGCCGCGCAGUGGAGGAGCUUGUCGCUCGGAUGGCACAUCGCCGCAGGCGAGAGCUCGCUGCGCUCGCGGAUCGACACGCCGUCUCUCGGUUCGGGCACAAAGGCAGGAUCCAGAGACGAUAGCAGCAAGACAGAUUCACAAGAUGCAAAUGAAUGUAGUCUGCAAAAUAAUAGGGCUGAUGAACAACAUAGUGAUGAUAGAAAUCCAUCUGCGGAGAAGUCUAUUGGGCUAGCAAUUGAGAGCCUUGUUAACUCCGACGGUUCAGGAAAUCGACAAUAUGAUGAGAAGAUAGACACAAAGGGAAAUCAAUGUCAGGAAGAUCGUGUAAACUUGGUAAACUCGUGUGUUCACUAUCAAGAAAGUUCUAAAGCUUCAAACUUUGCAAGGUACGAUGAUCAUCGUGUUGUCUACGAUAAUCAAUAUAUGGAUGAUAUCUCCCCAAGUACCAUAAGCACAUCGUGUGAACUCCAAGAAACUCCUUCAUCAAGAGGUGAAACUUUACGAGAAGAAGACAACCAAAGUCUGAAUGGUUCUUGGGACGAGAGAGCACUAUGGAUGAGCAGUCUUGGUUGGCCUGCACCAGUAGAUUCCAUGAGUCCGGACAGCUGGCAUCAGGGCACAAUUGGUGAUAUGGAGAAUCAUAAUCAGAUUGAAUUUAAUGAUCGGCCUUGGAUAGACUCCCCUAACUCAUGGAGAUCAUUGCAUAUUGCCACACAAGCAGACUGUCGAGAUUUGUCUGGCAAUGCUGAUAUUUGUAAUCUUCUUGAGAGCAAAAAGGUCUCAAAGUCCCUUGAUAGUGAUUUUAGCAAUAAAAUGAACCAUCUCCUGAGAGCAAUUCUGCAGAAGCAAAGACAACAACACAUGAUUGAUGAAUUUGGGGGUUACUAUCCGGAAAACUUAUACUGGCAACAGAAUGAUGAACCCCGGAAUGAAGAUCAGGUGUCAUCUGCACCGUGUUCAUUAGCACCUGUCUCCCAUGUCACAGCCCACCACCAAGAGAAUUGGCAGCACUCAUCAUUUGAACAUCAACAACAUGAAAAUCAAAAUUUGUUUGAAAUGGAGGUCAGGGUAAGAAGUGAAAUGGCCCAGAUUCAUCAUGAAAUAUAUGAACUACGUAAGUUGGCGGAAACUUGUAUUGCAUCCCAAGUAAAGAUGCAGCAUUCCAUUAAAGAAGAGGUGUGCAGCGCACUUCGAGAAGCUGGGUUGAUGCCAAGCCAGCCUGACAUAACAGCAAAAAAGGGCACGUGCUGCAUCUGCCAUGAGAUGCAAGUUGACUCUUUACUGUACAGGUGUGGCCAUAUGUGCACCUGCUUCAACUGUGCUGAUCAGCUGAAAUCAAGCAGCGGGAGUUGCCCAAUCUGUCAAUCUCCUAUCGACGAUGUUGUUCGGGCUCACCUGAAUUUUUGA